UUUCGUUGCAGCAACCAUGGGAGUGCACCAGUCGAUGCAAGAGGCGCCGCCGCAAGAACGAGAUCUGCUGUCCGAGCCAGGCGCACUAACACCCUCGCUAGCUGCGGUAUUGCCCCCACUCAGCUCUCCCACUGCACGCAUCAGUCCACCGAUCCUGCACUCACCAGCGCUGGAAGUUCUUCGUUCUGUUGAGCUCGUUCGAACCAUCGUGGACUUUCAAGAUGGCAUGUACAGCGACAUGGUUCAAUUCCUUCGGUUGAAGGCACCGAGCUUACCCAGUUCCGACAAGCACACGGAACCUUAUGUCCUCGCUGACUUCGAAGCGCUCGACCGUGUCUUGGCGCCAUGGUACGCCCUGCACGGCACGUCUCGUUUGGGCGUACUCUUUGAAACCCAUCGACACAUGCACCACAUCGUGCUCCUCCACAGUGUCUUCUUUGGUUUGGUGGAUGUUGUUUGGUAUCUGCACCGUAACGGGUUGCUCUUUAUGACGUAUUACCCCCACAUCGACCUGGCUGCGUUCAACGGUAUGCUGCGCCUCCUGCCAUUUCUCCAUGCGGUCGGUUGUCGGGGUACGACGAAAGCCAUCGAUGGCGCGGCGCAGCGCGGCCACUUGCAAGUGAUUCAAUGGCUCGUGGCGAAUCGGAUGGACGGUGCGACAGAGCUCGCGAUGGUUGGUGCUGCAGCGAACAAUCACUUGGAUGUGGUUGAGUUCUUGAACGAGAAUCGCCGCGACGGGUGUACAAGUGCGGCGAUGGACCUGGCGGCUGGUCGCGGCCACUACCGCAUGGUCAAGUGGCUGCACGCGCACCGUACAGAGGGGUGCACGACACAUGCCAUGAAUGAUGCAGCGAAAAAUGGGCAUUUGGACGUGGUCGAAUGGCUCCACACGACCCGGACGGAGGGCGGGACCAUCAAGGCAAUGAACCAAGCGGCUGCCAGUGGCCACCUCGAUAUCGUCGAAUUUCUCCAUGAACAUCGACAGGAAGGCUGCACAACUUCGGCCGUCGACGGCGCCGCGUCGAACGGCCAUGUGGACGUUGUGUCGUGGCUGCUGGAGCACCGAACCGAAGGCGGCACGCACCGCGCGAUGGACGGCGCCGCUUGCAACGGCCACUUGAACAUGGUUCAGUGGCUGCAUGACCGGGGAUUUGAAUGCACUGCGAGCGCCAUGGACCUGGCAGCGACGCAUGGCCAUCUUGACGUGGUGCAGUGGCUUCAUGCGAAUCGAGGGGAAGGCUGUACAAAGCAGGCCAUGGAUGGUGCCGCGACGAAUGGAUUUAUCAUGGUCGUCCAGUUUCUCCACGCGAAUCGAGAGGAAGGUUGUACGACCCAAGCCAUGACUGGAGCCGCGCGCUACGGCUUCGUCGACGUCGUGCGAUGGCUGUCCUCGAACAGAAGCGAAGGGUGCACGACGCACGCGAUGAAUUUGGCGGCUACGUAUGGUCAUAUGGAUGUGGUGCAGUAUUUGCAUGCCCAUCGCAAGGAAGGUUGCACGGCUGAAGCCGUCGACGGCGCCGUGGAGCAUGGCCACUUUGAUGUUGUCGAGUGGCUGCUGGCAAACCGUACCGAAGGGUGCAGUGGACGCGCGCAGUUUUGGGCCCAAGAGAACGGAUGGAACCGCCUCGCGAGGUUGCUACAGAGGAAGAGCAUGCCUGAGUGGACUUCGGACGAAUGCAAUUCCUAUCGCAUGUUGCUGCGAUAUCGUCCAUAAGUUCUGCAGGCCUAUUAGAUUUGUCAAAGCGCUGAUGGUAGAAUCAAGCGUUAGCUGAGGCAGGAACUUUCCAUUUAUAGGCGAUAAGGAGGUGCCUCUGCUCUGGGGGCCUAUCCAGCGUGUAUUUCGCGGGCCGUCGCCGCUACACGUCGAGGCCAGGGUAUGCUGGCCACGCAGUUCACUGCGGAAGGAUAACGUAAUCGUCUUGUUCAUUUGGUU